AUGUCAGCAGACAGUCAGGAUCAGAGAGGGAGCUGUUCCUUCAGUCUUCAGUUUCCCAGCUCAUCUCCACCGGUUAGUGGUGAAGAACCCAAAGCAAACUGUGCAGACUUCAAUAACACAACAUGGCAAAAAUACAGAGAAAUGAAAGGUGUACAUGUCCAGUACCUGCUCCUGACACGAAGCAAUGCAGACUGCGCUAGUCUCUUCACCCAGGACUGGCUCAACGAUACACAGGAACAUACUGCACACUUUAACAGUACACUUCCCACUAAAAUCAUUAUUCAUGGAUAUAGAGCUCUAGGCAGGAAGCCAUCCUGGGUGAGUGGCUUAGCCUGGGCUUUGUUAGAGAAGGAGGAUUCGAACAUCUUGGUGGUAGACUGGCUCUUUGGAGCAUCUUUUGCCUAUAACAGAGUGGUGGAUAAUUAUAAAGAGGUGGCUGUACAGAUAGCAAUUCUUAUAAAUCAGCUGACGACCCUUGGAACUGAUUUGGAAUCAUUCCAUCUCAUUGGCAUAAGCCUGGGAGCUCAUGUAGCAGGAUUUGUAGGAACUCUGUUUAGAGGCAAACUUGGACGGAUUACAGGUCUGGACCCAGCAGGGCCGAUGUUCAAAAAUGCUGACCCAUCUGACCGCCUGGAUCCCUCAGAUGCCAUGUUUGUCGAGGCUAUACACACCGACUCUGACUAUUUUGGCAUAUCUAUUCCUGUUGGGCAUGUGGAUUUUUUCGUAAAUGGUGGGUUCGAUCAAACUGGAUGUGUACGGUCAAGUUUUUCAUCAAUAUAUGGCUAUGUAAUCUGUGACCAUAUGAGGGCGCUGUAUGUGUACAUGAGUGCACUAAGUGGCUCCUGUGCACUCACUGGCUUCCCUUGCUCCAGUUAUGAGAAUUUCCUGGCCGGCCAAUGUACCAGCUGUGAUGGCCCCUUCAUCAGCAUUUGCCCACAGAUAGGCUUGUUGAAGAACAGUGGGAUAACAAUGUCACCAUUACCCCUACAUGAGAAAGUCUACCUCCUGACUACAUCUGAAGCUCCCUUUUGUGUCCAUCACAUAAUGAUUGAGCUGAAAGUGUCCCCACUGAUAAAGGGUGCAGUGGUGCAGGUAACCCUGGUCUCCAAGCAAGACAUCAAGACAGAACAGAAACUCCAUCUAUAUUCUGAUGAAAACAUUUAUAAAAUAGUGGUCGGGCACCCAGAGCAUCUAUGUAAGAUUGAGUCGAUCCAUCUGAAGAAUACUGGAAUGUUUUUGUACAGACAAGGGAACAUCCACUUUGAAUACAUCUGUAUCUCCAGGAUCCCUAAAAUGAGGAGGCUGGACUCAUUGUGUGUGGAGAACAUAAGGAUUGGCAGGCAUGCACCAUGGUCACAUGAUUUUAUCCAGGUGUGCUGAAUGUCAAGAGGGAGAGCGUAAGCUCCACACAGUGGACCAAACUGGAAGAUACAUUUUACCAACGCACAAAGAACACACAUUAGAACUAAAUAUAUAAAGACAACAACAUUUAUUAAAGUGUUCCAUUAAAAGCACACAUAUUGCAUGUGUAUUGUAAAAAGAAAAAAAACAUUUAUAAAUGCGUUUUUCAGUGACAGUCCAAGGAUAUUCAGUCAGAUAUUACAGAGCAAUUAUAAUGCCUUUUAAUACUGGUCAAUUACUGGAGUUCAGUUUGAUGAUUUCUUUGCUCCUAAUAUCAAAUAAUGCAAUACUGUUCAGAUGAAAAGUCUUCACGUUGACAUCUCAUGUGUCUUAUUAACUUAACAUACACGUUUGACAUUUGUGAUAUACAGUAGCUUGGCAGCCUGGCUAUUAUUUAAUGUAUAAAUCUGUGAAAUGUAUAACAAUGUUCAGGCACAUUUAUGUACAACAUCUGGUAUUUAGAAUGGAGCAUAAAGCUUAAUCUACUGCAGGCAAAUUUUAGACUGGGAGUAAUAUCAGCCAUGCACUGCAUUUUCACUGAGGUUUUAUUAACGAAGAUUUGGCCCCAUGUAAAUACACUGAUUCCUUAUGGUGAA